CUGCCGGGCCCGCCUGAAGGGAGCUCCGCGGCCACCGGGGGCUUGUCCCACUCCCGGGCUGCCAGAGCUGAGGUGGUGAGAACGGGAGGAGGUGGGGCUGCCCUCCUGGGGGAGCAGUACAGGACUGAGCUUGCCUGCUGCCCACGCCAACUUCUCGCCACUAUGCUCCACGUGCCCCUGCCACAGCCCCCCCGCCACGCUGGCGGUAGCUAACGCCUGCUCCUGGGGCACGGACGUGGGGGACGCCUGUCCAAGGGACCUUGGUGGAGCCACCGGAGAGUCAGAGCCAUGCCACAGGUGCAGCUGCUCUCCCCAUCCCCAGCCUGGACUCGGCUGUGGGGCGUGAGCCACGAACAGCUCCGAGACCCAAGCAGUGAGGGUGGGAGGCGAGGUGGGGCCGAGAGAGGGGUUCCCUCUUAGCCAGUGGCCUGCUGAGUAAAAUGGAUGGAGCCAAUGGGUCCGGGCCACUGUCUCAGCCGUGGAAGGGCCCCCCUGUACUGCCGAGCUCCAGCUAGCGGGGAGGAUGACUUUGGGGAAGAGGCUCCCGCGAAGGGACAUAGCCCUGUCCCAGCUGGCUGCAGGGGAACGCACAGGCAGGCGCACAUGCCUCCAUGUCACGGGGCCAUGCCAGUGCCACUGGCCGUGAGGAGUCGUCCGCAGCACGUCCGUCCUGGGGCUGUUUGUGGGGGGGAACUGGGUGACUCAUUAGCCGAUACGCAGUAUACGAGAGGCCACUGCAGACUUGGGGGGGGGAGGGAGAGGCUCUGAGUUUGCCCACGGGCCUAGGCUAUAGAAACAUGCUUGUUUUCACUGUCGUGGGUUCCCACCACCCCUGCACAGGGUGACCGGCCCAGACCAUGCUCAGAGUCGUGAGGAAAGAGCACGAACGUCCUAGCCCGUUUGCAUCUUCCCCCGCCCACCCCGCGUCUCCCGCCCGCCUGCUCUCUCUCAUUUGCGUGCUUGGCAGUGUGGCGUGCGGCCCAUGGGCUGGCCGGGCCACAGGGCAGUAUCAGGUGUUCCCCUUUCUGCCCCCGAGGAAGUAGGCGGCCUCUGUGUUUAUCGUCCUGAUCUUUCAAGGCACGAGCGUGCCUGGCUUUAAAGCAAGGUGAGCGCCAGGAGGGCAGCCCACCCGCACCUGCGCUUACCAGAUGGCGGUGUGCUCGUGUUCUCUCCCCAUUCCCAACUACUGGGCUUUCUAGCCCCCCGGUCUGCCCACAGGCGCUGCAGAUGGGGGGUGCAGGGAGCCUUGGGCUGCAGUUGCCUGGCUUCCACUGCUUCUGUGAACCUAAAGGCGCAAGCUGUGCCCUGGGCUAGCUGGCACUCCCUCGCCAGAGGAGUUCACAUGUCCGUGCACAGGCACAAGAAUGUCUGGGACCCCUUCUCCCCACGACCCCUUGGCCUCCCAAAGCCCCACGGGUACACGUCUGCUGCUCUGGUUCCACUAAGGGAACGGGGUGGGAAGGGGGAAAUCACAUGCUACGUGCCUGCUUCUGCUGUGAGCAACAUGCGUCCAUGGAGGCAAAUGAACCCAACAGAGACUGGCAGCCAGGGAGCGCGUGGCAACCUAGGGACCAGCCCCGGCCCAUGUGUCCCAGGAGGAGGCGACAGACAGCAAGAUGUGGCAGAGGUCAGUGGGGCCCAGUAGGGGUGAGCUGGAGAAGGGCACAAUCCCUUUGUCCCAAUAGAAUCAGAUGAGAUUGGUCAUUUGACAUUUUUUUCAAGGAAAACUGGCCCCUCCCUCCCUCCCCACACACCAGAGGCAACAGAAACCCCCAGGACUAGAUGUUGUUACUUCGGAAAAACCCUGUUUAAUUUUUCAGAAAAGACACCCUGGAAAAUGAGGCUUUUUGAAAACUUUUUCAUCCCUAAACAAGUCAAAAAAAGUUUCCCAAAAGUUGAUUUUCGUCAAGGCUAUGCCUUCCUGUGUCGCCCCAUCCUUUGGCACCCAGGAGUGGAAGGACGUGAGGCUUUAGCAAUUCGCUAAUGUGGCCAGGCAAUUCGCAGCCAGCUCAUCCCUGUGAGGCUGGAGGCCUCUAGGGAUUGGAGCCUUUUGCUUCCAGAGCUCGGAGGUGAGGGGAGACUCGGGGCAGGAAGGACCAGAAAGCUUUCCCACUGGGGAGCUGGUAAAAAGAAUUAGGGGUCCCAGAGCAACUUCUCAUGCCAGAGGGCUACUACUGGUGCCAGCUGGUGGCCCUCUCCUGGUGGCCCUGGUGACCAUCUCCUUCCUAGCGGUGGCCCCAGGGGAGGUCGGAGACACAAUACAUGAGGGGGGGGGGGUCUCAUGUUGCUGCUGGCCAUGCUGAACUCUGGGGCUACAAAGACGGUUGCAGUCCACAGCACAGUGAGGCAAGAUUGACACCAGCAGUGACCAGCAAAGCGAGGAGCAGAGCCCCAAACCCUCGACCUGGCUGUAAAUGACAGACACUCUUCCCAGGUUUGCAAGGACCAGUGGGGCUUGACGCCUGCAGCCCCAGUGGCCGAUGGUGCCUUAGCCCAGGGAAGCCCAGCUGGGCAUGGGCGUGAGGGGGCCUGCAGGGGCGAGAGGGAGGACAGGUAGGUGCUGAGACGGGGUGAUGGGAGCGUAGGGCUGAGCCGUGCACUGGGGCUGGUGGCGGGAGCUGUCUGACAGCCCCGGGGCAGAGAGGGGAGGGCUAGGGGAGCAGUGGCAUGGCAGAGGGUAGUGUAAGUGAAAGGGGUGCGAAAUGGGGGUGGUUUUAGUCUGGUCGCUUGGGACACAAGCCAAAUGGAUCGUGAGGAUUGGGGGGGCUGGUCUGCUGCCUGCCGGUUGCAGAAUAAUGUUUCUGGGCAACGCCCUCCCGACAUGGUACAAGUGCAGCCAGGCAUUAGGGCAGGGACACCGCUCGCCUGCUCACCAGCGCUGAAAUGUCCUCCAGGGGCAGAUCAUUGUAGGCUCUGGCGCGCUCUCCGCUGGGGAGCCACUCCCAGGCCUGCCGCUGAAGCCUUAGCCAGAGACUCCCACUGACUUCAAUGGGCUUUGGAUCAAGCCCUUGGUGACUAGCUUUUGCCAUUGCUCCUCCCUGAGAUACUCAUCCGGCCCUCUCUCUGAAUACUGGGCUUCCCUUUCCCGCUGGCCAAGCCCAGAGGCCCGUAGGCAGAGGUUAGCUAGGGGGAGCUGCCCCAUGGAGGGUGUGGGCGGGCACGGGAAUGGCUCCAUUCAGCAUGGGCCACUUUGCCAGCAGGAGCAGGAGCCUGUGGAUUGAGGAACCAGUGGAGUGUCCCGCACCCUCUGCACUGCGAUGGUGUGUGACCCCCAGGCUAGGUCGACACUGCACGCUUACUUCGAAAUAACAGCGUGCGUCUACACAGCAAGCCGGUUCUUUCGAAAUGAUUUCAAAAUAGCAGGCGUCUUACUCCCACUUCUGUAACCCGCAUUUCACGAGGAGUAAGGGACGUCAGCGGGAGAGUGUUUUCCCUUCGACUUCCUGCUGUGUGGACAGCGCCUAAAGCCGAAUUAAUGUAGCUGAAGUUGCGUCACUUAAUUCAACUUUAGACCGCAGUGUAGACGUACCCCCACUGAGCAGGCGUCCUGGCACAGCGGAGGCCUCCAUUACCAGCCGCUAAACACAGAGCUCACCAGCCUUGUGUGACCAGCAGCUCUCAUGGCUGCGCCGCCUCACGCCCACGUGCGUACGCCACGGCGAAAUUGCCUCAGGCGUUCCUUGCCACAGUGUCACCGGCUGCUCUAUGGUGCGCACAUCGCUGUAUACCACGCUCGAAAAUAAAACUGACAUUAUCUCACCCAGUCUGUCCUGCCUGUGUCCGUUCGACCCUGACUGCCUCAUGGCUUCCUUCGGCCAUGGCGUUCAUGCUGGGCAUCCUGGCUGGCUUAAAUGGGCUUGCUGCCACUGCGGGGUAAAAUUAAAGGGCAGCUAAGAAACACCUUGGGCAUGUUGCUUGUGGCCAGGGGAACCCAAAUGGCUCAGCCCAGCGGGUGUGUAGGAGUCUAGCUGGCAUAGGGAGUAGAAAGAUUGUGCUGCAAGAAGAGGGCGGAAUCUGGCCCAGGCUCCCAGGUUUGUUCCUGUCCUGGUUGCAGGGGCAGGGUGAAAAGCUGGUGUGUCAGCUCCCACCCCUGCACCGCUGGUAAGUGAGGCGCCAGACCAGGGAGCGCUGUGGUCUGAUACCCAGCCCUGCCCCUCCCCUACAUCUCAGAGUCCCCUUCCUAACAGCAGACCUCAUCUGUUAGCCCAGGCACGAGCCCCUCUCUGGACAAAUGUCACGCCCCACUCAGCCCGACUAGAACUAGACUCCCCCACGUUGCUGGCAGGAGGCGCCUGGGGGCGGGAGAAGGUGGCACAUUGAACCGUCAUGCUGUCACACGCUAAUGGCAUCACAGAGGAGCUAGAGCAGCAGUUCCCAACCUUUUCCAGGUGGGGACCCCUUUUGACAAAUCGGGAAGACUUGGUGACCCAAGGCACGUCAAAAACGGGGAGAAGGGAGGGCGGAGACACUUGGGGAGACACUUGGCCCCCUUUUGAAAUGUAGGUGACCCAUAUUUGGGACCUGACCCAUAGGGUGGGAAACCCUGCGCUAGAGGGAGGGUGCGGGGGGCAGAUUUACCUGCAGAUGCACUUGUCGCUGGACUGGCAAGGUGCCCUGCGGAGUGGGUGAAAGCCACUGUCCCUCAGGGAUCGGUUCCUUAGCCCUGCCAGGGGGGUGCAUGGACUGGCUGCUGCUGAAGAUUCCCAAGCCUGGCCGGGCAGUGAGUACAGAUGUUCAAGCCUGGCCAGGCAGUGAGUACAGAUGUUCUGGGAACCAGCACUCGACUAUUGCUAGUAAGCGACAAUGCAUGGACCCCAACAGGCCUUGCCUACACUAAGCCUGCAGUGAUAAAGAACAGCCACCAGGUGGCAGCAAAGGUGAACGAGCAGCUCCGGGUUUAGUCCACGGCUCUCUGAAUGGUGGGUGUCAGCACAGCAGAUCCAGGAAUCUCGUCUACACUAGGGAAAUAAUCCCCCGCUGUCAUCAGCUUGUGGGGCCAGCGCCACCGGUACUCUGGAGUGCUCAGAGUGCCUAGAGCACACAGGCCACGGAGCCACGGAGGAUUUGAACCCGUGUCAGCAGUGGGAAAGCUUUGCCCAAUGUCCCUAGCAGUGGAUGGCUUGAGCUGGACGGGCUGGAAUGCACAAAUCUUUUGGGCUGGGUAGGGCCCACCAGGCACAGCUCAGAGCCGGCUGGCGUGAGACUCCUGACCACUAAUGGCAGCGUGGGUGGUUGCAGUACAGGGUCUUUUCUGCUCUCUCUUCCUACAAGCUGACCUGAGAAGUCUCCUCAGGAGGGUCUUGCGAGCUGCAGAAAUGACCCCCCACCACCUUGGUAUUAUUACACGGAUGCCAGUUGAAAUAAGAGCCCAAAGUGGUCAAUGGGAUGUUUCAGGAACCUCCUGGUGACUAUCCCACAGCCCGGACGUGUGUGGGAGCCACGCUUCUGACCCCAGCUGGUGAACAGCUUAGUGAAGUUAGAUUCUCAUUGUAAUUUAAUCCUAACGUGUCCCUGUGAUGCUAAUUGUACUCUUCUGAAUUGCUACCCCUCUUGUGAACUGUACUGUUUACACUAUCAUAUCCUGUAGCAGUGAGUUCCGCAGAUUUUAAUGGUUCCCUUUCCUCUGAAUUCUAGGGUAAACUCCUUGGGGCAGAGGUGAUUUCUGUCUGUGUUUUGUGAAAAACUCUGUACACUUAUGGUGCAUUAAAAGUAAUGCUAAUAAACAAGAGUGUAACAGCAUAUUUCCCCGUAUCUGUCUUAAAUGGGUUGCAUUUGAUACACGUUUGCCCUGCCAUUACUAGAGAAAGCAUCACACUCUGCUUCUCCAGCACUGGCAUUAGUUUGCAUACCCCACUAGGGUGCUUAGCUCUCCCCUGGCCCAGGCUGUCUUUGAAGUACCAUGCAACAGCCAAUGCCGCCUUCUCCAAGGACAUGUAUGAAUGCGUGCAUUCAAACAGGCAUGGCUAUGCAUCUGUGUGCAAACGGGCACAUCUGGCUUCGUACGUGCGCGUCUGUGUGCGCGUGUGCCUCUGUGUUUGUGUGGGCUCGCUGCGGCCGGACCUUGGCUCAUCAAGGGCUUACACUGCCUCCGCCCCCUUUCUCAGCCAGAAAUAAAUGUCUGAUGUAACACGGAUUAGGGCCGAGGAAUCUCAGCUGUGGACUGGGCUGCGCUCAAGCAGGGCACAGCGGGGGUAGGAAAGCCACAGGGGCUACUGGAAAACGCUGGGCAGCAGGCAGUGGGGCAGGACGGGGAAAGCUGUUACGGAAACCCACGGCAAAGCCUUAGCCGAGCACAGCAGGAACACUCCUUUCAUCCAACAGCAUCACACCCCGAGGAGUCACCCAGUCAGGCGGCAAGAUGUUCCCAAUUGUGCACUGGGACCCCACCAGAGAGAGAAAAAGGCAGGUGGCAGCCAUCCUGAGGGAGACGGCAGGAGACGUCCUCCAGCUGGACUUGGGGAAGAAGGUCAGCGUCCCCCAGGAUCUGAUGGUGGAGGAGCUUUCUCUGCAGUCCAACAGGGGGUCCCAGCUGUUCCAAAAGAGGCAGAAGCGGGUGCAGAAGUUCAUCUUGGAGCACCCCAUGGGCUACGGAGCCGGCUCGAGCAGGACGACAGCAGGGGGCUCACAUGGCGUGGCUGAGGGGGACCUGGCAGGACAACCGGACGCGUGGAUGUCUGCCGAGGGCAAGGAGAACUAUCCCCCAGAGCCUCACAUGGCAGCAGCAGGCCAACGGGCCCCUCCCAAAGUGCCCAAGAAGACACAGAAAGUCCUGCAGAUGAGUAAAGCCCUCAACCCUGAUGUCCUGGCUCCAGGCUACUCUGGGCCGCUGAAAGAAGUCCCACCAGAGAAGUUCAACUUCACUGUCAUCCCCAAGGCCUACUGUUCCCCGUGGCAGGAGUUCCUCAGCAGUGAAGACUACCGGCUGGAUAGCAAGAGCCAGCUGCCUGAACUGCCCAGCAAACCCAGCCACCUUGAGUUGAGGAGUUUCAACAGGACUCCUAUCCCAUUUGGUGGGGUGCUACUCAAUGACAUGUUCCCGGUGCCUGCGUUGGAGAUGGAGGCUCUGAUGGACACCCCGAACAGCUUGGAGCUCGUCUGGAAUAGACCAAGCUUUAACAGAGCAGCCAAGGGCUGGGUAGCGAUUAUGCCAGAGACAGAAGAGCUGUAACAAUCUUCCUUCUUUCUCUUAACCCACAGAUGCUUUAUCUGCUAGGCUCCAACGUGCUUUGUUUUAAUUCGCCAGUAGAGGCACGCCUUAACACAGCAGAACAGGGGAGCACCCUGUGAAGGCUAAGUGACCUCAGUAUGCCGUCAUACAUCCCCCAGCAAGCUCACAUAUAGGGCCAUUCCUGGACUACCCUCUCGCAAGAUUCUCUUGGGUGCCUGUUAUUGUAGGAUGGGACAAAUUGACCAGCCAAGUUCUCAUUGAUAAAACAAAGUGAUUCCAGUCAACUUCCACAUCUGUCAUUAUUACACCACGGAACAAUCUGACUGGAGCAAAGAGAUUGUCCUUUCUCCCGUGUUGUGGCAAACAGCAGAAGAGCCCGUUGUCAUCACAUCAAGUCGCCCCGCAACUGUUCUGCUGAAACAUUUGACACCAGCAUUGACAGGCUGCUCUGAGAAAUCCAAGCUUAAGGGCAGUGCAGUAGACACGUAAGGUUGGUUGAGAUGCCGAGGGGGAGCGAUAAGGCAGGGUGGUAAUUGAGGAAUGUGGGUGAAAUGUUACUAAUGGCUCUCUGACAUAGAAGGAGAGAGCCUGUUAAAGGAAAUUAUAUAACACUGGCCUGGGCGUUGGGGGACUGGCUGCAGAAACACGAACUGCAUAGAAAGGGAGUGCGUGAAACCACUAAUGCUCAAACUAGGAGAAGCAGGAGCCUAUGCGAUUUUCCCAGCUAGGUACUGCUUGGCGGGUUACAAUUCCUCUCUCACCCCAACAGCUUGCUGUAUGAGUUUACACAGCAUUGCUGUUUUAAUAUUUAAACCACUUCAUUAAAAAUAUAUAUAUGGAGGGUCUGAUCUUGCUCAGAUUUUCCAUUUCAAUAAUAGUCAGGAUCAGACCAUGCCGAUUUGAGAUGCAGUACACCAUGUUACCCUUGGUGGAGCCCCAAAAACAAAGAUUCCAUAUUUAAGGAAUUUUCAGUGUGAUCAUGCAAAUCAAUGCUUGAUAAAACCAUUCCUGUGGUACCACCAGGGAAGAGGGGGCAUCCUACAUAGAGAUGUUUUUAUGACCAGGAAGACCCUCACUCAACACAUGCACAAGGGUGUUAUGACCACAGCCUUUUGGAUGCACACAAGCACAGUCUAUAAAACACAGCUAGCCAUCAACGCAAGUGCAAAAAAAAGGUGCAGAGCAGAACCCAUGUAUAUAUUACGAACAGUCUCAGUCACCAUGGCUAAUUGAAAAACUCCAGCUCAACUAUGCACCUUCUAUAUCAAUUCAGUUUUUGUCAAAUUCUUAUGAAAACCCUAACGUAACCUUGCAAAACUGGCCUUUUUUUAAUGGUGGGGUUUUGUUUGUUUGUGCAUCAUUGUGGUUAGGCUAGGCAAGUAAUGUUGUAUCCAGGCUGGUAAAUGCGUGAUUUUAAAAGGCUGGCUUAUUUGUAAAUAAUGCAACAUACAAUCACUGUAUUUCUAAUGUUGCCAAUGAGACCAUAUGGAGGAGAAGCAGCACAUCAGAUCAUUACAGUCUGAGGAACUCCUCAUGCAAUGAAACACUUGUGUGAGGAACUUUCAUUCCUCCGCCCAUCCCCAGAAGCAAGCAGAGGAGCCAGGCUAAGCAUUUAAAGGUUUGUGCCUAUGAAGUCCUGUCCCGCUCCAAGCCCAUCUCCCUCUCUGUUGCCUGUGAGCUGGGGGCCAUGUUUACAUUCAGCAAUCUGAUCGGAGAAAAUAAAUUAGCUAUAUAAUAAAACUUGUCUCAAUUCAGUGUUUGGAAAUCAGUGCUUGCAGAAUAAGGUACUGAUUCAAACCCAGUACAGGCAGGGGCUGUGCCAGCUUCCCCGCACAGAUCUGUCAAUGGGGUCGCCAAGCUCAGCCUGUGACACGCUAUUCUGGGAACUGCUGAACAGCACCGAGCUGUGCUAUAUUUUGAUACUGUGGAUCACUACGGACUGAGUGCUAAACCUGAGAACAGCAACACCCAUUUGGCCGUUCAACUCGUAUGCCAAGUUGAAACCCAAGACUCCAGAAGUGAAAGGCCAGUGCACUACCCAAAUGCACCCCCUAGAGUUGUGUUCUCUCCUACGCAAGAUCCUCCAAAGUGCCUGCAAUGUCAAUACUUCCCAUUCCACCUCAACAGGAGCCUAUCCCUACAUUCCACAGGUCAGUGCAAUGAACCAGAACUGGGGCUGUACUCUAGCUCUCUCACACCAUCCGUCAUCCUUUGACAGAUGGCUCAGCCUAACGAGGUCAGACAAUACUCAGAUAAAUUGUGCCUCUGGAAGCAGGAUCCAAACAUUUGGAAAAUCUGCCCAUUUUAAUUUAAAAAAACAAAAAUCAAGUCAAUAAGGCUUUGGAACAGGUCUCAUCACGUUUCUGUAUAGCAAAACAUAUCUACAGAUCAGUUACAUCAAAGCAACACUUUUAGAUCUUAAAAUCUCCCACCCGGAUGCCUAGGCACAGUAUUAAAUUACAGACUUUAUGCAAAGAACAGAUGCUCUAGGGUGAAUGCUAAACACAGAGCUCUUAAAAAAAAAA